AUGCGAGACAGGCCAAUAAAAGGGGUACUCGAGGAGGACAAAUCAACAACCUCACUGCAAGUUCGCAAGCUCGUCCGCCUAACUAUAAAGCAUGAAAAUGGAGACUCCAAGGGAGCUAGCUCCCUUCUCUCACGACUGCAGGGAGUGAAAAUAAAUCCAACGGCCCAGAACAAAUUCGUGUACGGCGUGAUUAAGCGGCCGUCAAAUAAUGCUCUGUGGUGUUUCUGGUCAACUGCUGCAAGUCCUCCUUCAUUGACCAAGAUAGGAGACAAAACACCCGAAAUCCCAGGACCAAAAGGAAGAGAUACUCGAGGGAAGGCGAAAAGAACCCAAGUGGGAGGAGACGAACACAGGGACCCAGAACUCGAUAAGAUGAUGAAAAUAAGCACACGGUACGACGAAAGGAUUCAGCAGGAUCUCCUCCACCACAUCCCGGACGCGGAGAGGCAUGCCCAAUUACUGGAGCGGGAGAAGCAAGCAGACAGACGGGUUUGA